UACACUGGAAGCGGGAACUAAGUGUCGAUCACAACAUUAAUGUGGAUUUGGUUGCAUUGGUUCAAACCUUAAGAAGAAAAAACUUACCUCAUGUUGCUCAGGAGAUUUUACAUGAGAUCAAUUCUGGAAGUCUUCCACUUGACAACUCUGCCUUGUCAGCUCUGAUGCUUUGCUAUGCUGAUAAUGGUCUUUUCCACGAAGCACAGGCAAUUUGGGAUGAAGUUUUAAACAGUUCUUUUAGGCCUAAUAUUCAUAUAAUUUCAAAACUCAUUGAAGCCUAUGGUAGGAUGGGACGUUUUGAUGAUGUGACCAGAAUUCUGCAUCAAGCAAGUUUGAGAGACUCUAACUUGCUACCUGAGAUUUAUGUAGUGGCUCUCUCUUGCUUUGGAAAGCAAGGACAGCUUGAGCUGAUGGAAAAUACACUCAGAGAGAUGGGUUCAAGGGGUUUCUCAGUAGAUUCUGCCAUCGGAAAUGCUUAUAUCAUAUAUUACAGCUUGUUUGGUUCUCUGACUGAGAUUGAAGCUGCAUAUGGCCGUCUUAAAAGGUCUAGAAUUCUCAUAGAAAAAGACGGAAUAAGGGCAAUGUCAUUUGCCUACAUAAAGGAAAAGAAAUUUUAUAGAUUAGGUGAGUUUCUGAGGGAUGUGGGUCUUGGUAGGAGAAACGUGGGAAAUCUUCUGUGGAAUCUUCUGCUUCUAUCAUAUGCUGCGAAUUUCAAAAUGAAAACCUUGCAGAGAGAAUUUUUGAGAAUGGUGGAAGCCGGAUUCCAUCCUGAUCUUACAACAUUUAACAUUCGAGCUCUAGCUUUUUCAAAAAUGUCUUUGUUUUGGGAUCUCCAUUUAAGCCUUGAACAUAUGAAGCAUGAACAAGUUGUCCCUGAUCUUGUGACUUACAGUUGCAUUGUUGAUGCUUACUUGGACAAAAGACUGGGAAUGAAUUUGGACUUUGCUUUAAGUAAAAUGAAUGUACAUGCGUCUCCACAGGUAUUUAUGGAUCCAUUUGUUUUUGAGGUUUUGGGAAAAGGAGACUUUCACUCAAGCUCAGAGGCAUUUUUGGAGUUUAAGAGGAAGAACUGGACUUAUAAGGAGCUGAUCUCAACCUAUCUCAAGAAGAAGUAUCGGAGUAAUAGCCCACUCUAUUCUGUUAUAUCUUAG